AACUGGGCGCUGAUCGUGGACGCGUCGAGGUAUUGGUUCAAUUAUCGACACGGCGCGAACGCGCUGUCGAUGUACAGGAGCGUGAAACGGAUGGGGAUUCCGGAUUCGCGCGUGGUGCUCAUGCUCGCGGACGACCACGCGUGCGACGCGAGGAAUCCCGCGCACGGACGCGUGUACGGCGACGAGGACAGGGGCGUGGAGCUGUACGGAGACGACGUGGAGGUGGAUUACAGAGGGACGGAGGUGACGCCGGAGCGCGUGAUUCGAGUGCUGACGAAUCGACACGAACGCGGGACGCCGCGGUCGAAAAAGUUGCUCCCGGGGGCGCGGAGCAACGUGUUGAUAUACAUCACGGGACACGGCGGCGAUGGGUUCAUUAAGUUUCAGGAUCAGACGGAGUUGCGGGCGGAGGAGAUCGCGGACGCGCUGGCGCAGAUGCACGCGCGGGAUCGGUACAACGAGGUGUUGUUUUUGGCGGAUACGUGUCAGGCGGCGACGCUCGCCAAGGCGAUUCGAUCGCCGAGGGUGCUGGCGCUGAGCUCGAGCGGGUUGGGGGAGAACUCGUACUCGCGGUUUCUCGAUCCCGGGCUCGGCGUGCACGUGAUCGAUAGGUUCACGUAUCACGUGUUGGAGUUUUUCGAAAAGCUCAAACCGGAGAGCGCGAACACGAUGGGCGAGCUCGAGGCGUCGCUCACGCCGGAUAAGUUGAUGUCGCGCGCGGUGUUGGACGUGAAGACGUUCACGCACAGAAACGCGCGCGCGAUGAAACUGAGCGAGUUUUUCGGCGCGGUGUGCAAGGCGCGCGCGUUGACG